AUGUUUUUCUCAUUUUUUGUCUUGGGCUUUAAUCUUUUAUCGCUGGCGGGCACUGUUUUAGCAGUGCCACCCAACUCUAUUUACAAGAACAAGCUUUAUGUACCUACUCUCAUGACUCCCGAAGAGGUUGACCAGUCCAACGGCUUUCAAGUCAAGGGAAGGGAGGUUUAUGUAGUGGGAUAUGCCGAUCUUGAAGUGGCAUACAGCGAGGGGGCCAAGAAGGCCGAGAUGGCCAAGGAGGCCGAGAUGGCUAAUGAAGCCGGAAGAGGCAAAAAGUCGGGGACCAAAACGUAUUACAUCUACCACCUCAACACGAAAGGAGUAGAAAACACCUUCAUGGACGUCACCAAACAAGACAGCCAGUACUAUUCCUAUACAUGGGAACCCUGGGAGCAUAUGUACGGGGCCAAACAAAUCUCUUGGGAGAGCAUCACAGGGUGGGACACGAUCCGUCCCUUCCCCAAGCUCAGGUCCUAUACUUCAAAGAAGGAUUACGAAAAGAAGAAGAGGACGCAGGGAUGGAAACAGGGGUCGAGCGGAGCGGCGUCGCAACCUCAGGCUGCUUGGAGCGCCUAUGGGCAAGCCCAGGCUCAUGCCUCUCCCUCCAACUGGGCCCCCGAACCGCCUCGGGCAGACGUCCCUUCUUCCAGCCGCGCACCACCCGGACAUGCCUCGGGCUACAACACCGCGUCUCACCGGGCUCCUGCGCCCGUCCCGUUCCAAGACCCUUCUUCCAGCCGCGCGUCUGGACGGACUUCAGGCCACAGCACCCCGUCUCAUAGUGCCCCGCAACCGGCCCGGGCGGGUAACCCAUCCUCUGGCCAGCACCGCACAGGGCCCCCGGCGUUCUACCGCCCCUUCACGGAGGAGAUUGGAUUCGUCCAGGGACCCGGCGGAAUGGUCUCGGAUCGCUUCUUCCCUCCCUGGAACCCUAUUCCAGGAAUGCCCCAGAUGAGGUCAUCAUAUCCACCGCCCUCGAGGCGUUCUUGA